GGAGGGAGGGAGGGAGGAGUUGGAGAGCUACCAACUUCCAAAGAAGUGACGGACAUGGCGAAGCAGCAGAAAAGGAAGGCUAGUGAUGAGAAAGAAAUCAAUGGCUCGUCUCUUUCUCGGGAUGACGAGAAGAAGAGGAUGAAAAAGAAGAAGACGAGGCAUGAGAAGGGGAGUGGGGUGGAAGUAGUGAAGAUGGAGGGAGAGGAGGAUGACGGAGGUAAGGAUGUCGCCUUCGCCCGACACCAGAAGAGGAUCACCGACCCUCGGUUUUCCUCUCUCCACACGGACCCUCGGUUCAAGCCCAUGUCGAAGAGGAGAUCCAGGAUGCCUGUCGACUCCCGUUUCGCCGCCAUAUUUACCGACGAGAAGUUCGCGUCUUCGGCCCCUGUGGACAAGAGAGGCAGACCCAUUAAGGGGAGCUCCGAAAGUCAUCCACUCCGCCAGUAUUACCGUCUCUCUGAGAGCGAGGAUGAUGAUGGCGAAGUUCAGCGGGAGGAGGAGGAGGAGGAAGAAGAUAAUAUGGAGGAAUCGAUGGAGGAGAACGCCAACACGAAGAAGAAGCCGACGGAGGAGAAAUCGGAGAAGAAACAGAAGAAGCAGAAGCAGAAGCAGAAGCCGACGGAGGAGAAAUCGGAGAGGAAGAAGAAGAAGCAGAAGCAGACGGAGGAGAAAGAGAAAAAGAAGAAGAGGCAGAAGGAGAAAAUCAAGGUAGGAACAGAUACAGUGAACACAGAAGAUACUACAUUGCAGCUGGCUCCUAGUUCCGAUGGCGAAUUGGACGAGAACGGUCUAGACGUUGAAGAUGGAACAAACCAUGAAGAUGAAGAUUUUCCAACACAAUUGGAAUCGCGUGAUUCACUGAUAUCUUCGGAAGAAGAGUUUUUGUCAUCUGACGAUGAUGUUAGUGAUGACAUAGAAGAUGAACCCGAGGAGCAAGUGACAAUGGUUGAAGAAGCAACUCGUAGAAUAGCAAUGGUGAACAUGGAUUGGGAUCAAAUAAAGGCUGUAGACUUGUACGUGUUGAUGAGCUCAUUUCUUCCUGAGAGUGGGCAGCUUGUAUCAGUGGCCAUCUAUCCAUCGGAAUUUGGCCUUAAAUCUAUGGAAGAAGAAGCAGUUCAUGGACCUUCUGGAAUCUUUGCUAGUGAUGAUGAUGAAGAUAGUGAAGGGAAUGGCGCUGAAAUAGAUGAAGCAAAGCUACGUGCCUAUGAGAAAAGCAAGCUAAGGUACUAUUAUGCAGUAGUCGAGUGUGACUCAAGUGCAACAGCAGAUCACCUCUACAAAGAAUGUGAUGGUGUUGAAUUUGAGCGAACUUCAAAUAUCUUGGAUUUGCGAUUCAUUCCUGAUGAUAUGCAAUUUAAUCAUCCUCCUCGAGAUAUUGCUACUGAGGCACCAUCAAAUUAUGAAUGCAAAGAUUUCCAUACACGUGCGUUGCAGCAGAGUAAAGUUCAGUUAUCCUGGGAUAAUGAUGAGCCAGAACGUAUUAAAAGUUUGCGGCAGAAAUUAAGUCAGAAGCAGCUGGAUGAGAUGGAAUUUAAGGACUUCUUGGCUUCUGAUGACGAAGAAUCUGAUGACGACGAUGAGGAUGAAAAUGAAGGUAAUGAUGGAGAUCUCGAAGUGCAGUCCAUGUCAGACAAAAUAGACAGGAAACAAAAGAAACGAGACAAACUUCUUGCACUGUUGCAAUCAGGGGAUGGUUCGGAGGACAGCAAGGAUGACAUGGACAUGGAAGUAACUUUCAAUACUGAUUUAGAAGGCAUAAGCAAGCGGUUCCUUGAGAGGGAAAAGAACAAAGAUUCUGAAUCAGUAUGGGAGGCAUAUCUGAGGAAAAGACGUGAAAAGAGAAAAGCUAGGAAGAGGAAUGGGAAGUCGUCUUCUGAAGAUGACAGCAGUGAUACAAAUGAAGAAGUUGCUGAUCAGGAUGAUGACUUCUUUGUGGAUGAGGAACUUGAUGCCGAUGACAAUUUAGACCUAGCUGAAAAGAAGAGAUCUUCAAAGAAGAAAAGUGCUGUCCAUAAAGAUGGCAAGAACAAGAUAUCAGAGACCAAGGAACAGGUUGCAAGCAAGGAAGAGCUUGAGCUAUUGCUUGCUGAUGAUAAUGCCACCUCUACCAAGGUCAAGGGAUAUAAUUUGAAGUCGAAGAAGAAGAAGGGCAAAAGGAAAGAUGUUCUUUCGGAUGACGAGUUGCCGGAAGUUGAUUAUAAUGAUCCAAGGUUGUCGGCUUUGUUCACUUCCCCACUCUAUGCAUUAGACCCAACAGAUCCUCGAUAUAAAAGGAGUGCUGCUUAUUUAAGGCAGGUAUCUCGCAAGCAGAAAGGUAUCGUUGAUGAAGUGCCAGAGGAAGCAAAGCAGCCGGAGAGGAAGAAUGUGGAGAAACCUGAUGAUGAGCAAGAGAUUAAGAAAGAGAAGGUUGAACUCAUGUCGCUGGUCAAGUCCCUUAAAAGGAAGGUCGGGUCUAUGCCCAACUCAAACAAGUGACUGCAAGUUGACUUGUAAGAUGGAUCUGGUGCUCCUGCUUCUCACAAAGCUUAUACUGCAAACUGAGAGGAGAUACAAAGUUCGAGCGGCUAACGUUCAAGGUUAAUCACUUCAAGUUUUAUACCUUUUUUUUUUCUGCAAUGGUACCAAUCCUUUUUGUAGAAAUUAAUCAUAUCUAAGAUAUUAUUUUGCCAGGGAUAGUCUGAAAAGAAUUUUCAAGAUGUUAUAGUCAUGUUGCAACUUACAACCAAAGUUGCAGCUUCCUUGGCACCAUUAGAAUUUAGUAAAUGUAACGUGCAAUUGAUCAGGUAAGAUCCUGUCAGCCAUCGUGUCAGCCAUGUUUCUGGAAUUUCCGUGUUCAUGGGCUUCUGUAAAGGCCAUUUUUAUUCUGUUAGUUUGAUUUUUGUAUAGGGAAGUCCUACUCUUACAUUGGCGGCCUCUGUAAAAGCACAUUUUUCGUACUGCAUAAAUGAAUCUUGUUCAUUCGUUUCCAAA